GGACGUCCCGCCCCCCGGCUGUUCUCCGGCUAGGCGGGGCGGCGGUAGCUAUGGCGGCGGUGACUGAGGUGCAGCGGCUCCAGGCCCGUGUGGAGGAGCUGGAGCGCUGGGUGUACGGGCCGGGAGGGUCGCGCGGCUCGCGAAAGGUGGCUGAUGGCCUGGUCAAGGUGCAGGUGGCUUUGGGGAACAUCGCUAGUAAGAGGGAGAGGGUGAAGAUUCUGUACAAAAAGAUUGAAGACCUGAUCAAAUACCUGGAUCCUGAGUACAUUGACCGCAUUGCCAUACCCGAUGCCUCUAAGCUGCAGUUCAUCUUAGCAGAGGAGCAGUUCAUCCUCUCCCAGGUCGCGCUCCUGGAGCAGGUGGAGGCUUUGGUGCCCAUGCUGGACAGCGCUCAUAUCAAAGCCGUUCCUGAGCAUGCCGCCCACCUGCAGCGCUUGGCCCAGAUCCACAUCCAGCAGCAGGACCAGUGUGUGGAGGUCACUGAGGAGUCCAAGGCUCUUCUGGAAGAAUACAACAAGACUGUAUCCUUUCUGCUCAGCCAGGCCCAGAGGUGUGCUGUCCAAAGCCCCGUCCUGUUGUUCCAUCUCCGGCUCUGUCUCUCAUCCCAUCCCAACCAGCCUGUCUUUCACUUGCUCCGCCACCCUUUUGGCAGAUGCAAAAUCUCUCCACUCCCUCACUCAGACCCCUGUUCUCACCUUGACCUACGACCAGACAAUGCUUCUCUCCAAGCAAUUCGUGCAGUGGGAUGAGCUACUUUGCCAGCUAGAGGCCGCCAAGCAAGUGAAGCCAGCAGAGGAGUGAUGGCUGCUCCCCAUCCCAGGGUGGACCAGAACAGCCAGGCUCCUGGGGCCUGUGCCAACCUGCCCUUGUAACAGGGCAGAGGCAGCUCUGUAUUUAUUGGAUUCAUGGCCUAGCUGUCUGCACUCAGGUGGGGCUCUGAGGUCAGAGGUCUGUCGACUUGAGAUUUGCUAUUUGCACCCCCUCCCCUCAUAAGUGUCCUAUUCCAGUGACAAUAAACUAUAGGAAUCACUGGAA